UUGUGGCGCAAAUUUGAAAUUAACUAACUAAUGUAAAAGAAGAUCUGAAACGAAAGCAGACCCAAACUACACUCUGUGUUAUCGGAAGCCUGCGCCUAAAGCUACAGCAGCUUCGGGUGACAUCUCACCCGCAGCCCGAGUACACAUAGAGCCAGAGAUGUUCUGUAUCGCAGACAACUGAAGGACAUGAUCUUGGUGACAAUGAGAAUAUAAGAAGCUGGACUACUGCACCUCGCUCCUGGCAGAUCUGCCUCUGAGCACCAUUCCACCUCUACAACUGAUCCUGAAUGCAGCUGCAGGACUUGUUUAAAACCUUCCUAUGUUCUCCUAAACCACCACAUUGUUAUAUUUUCCUCCAUACUGGCUUCCAUUUUUACAGUUAUAACAUAUAAUACAUUUCAGAAACUGUGAUCCAGAGACAUCAGUCACUUAACAAGUGCAAAUGAUUCCCUGUGAUGGUGCAGGGUCUCUGUGUAAAAAUGUGAUCAUGUGACCAGUCUGCACUUAUAGAAGGUUUAAAGUGGACGAGUAAUGAUUUAUAAUCUUAAUGUUUAGUGUCAAUAGCUGGCAAAGUUUCUUUCUGAGUCUGUUUUAUCUUGCAAUUAUUACCUGUGACUUGUUCAACACUGAUUUUAAUUUAAAAAUGUACCUCAAUUAAUACAUUCAAUUAUUUGUGCCUUUUUUAGAGGUUGAAACAGUAUGAGAUUAAAAAAAAAAAAAAAAAACAGGAAGUCAGCUAGUACAAAUUAACGUCAGCCACAAGUAGGAAGAGGAUUUGUCAUGCAAGUGUCUUAGAGAAACAUGAGCUUUUACUCACUAUGUGGUUCUGUAACUCUCCUUGGGUUUUUCCUCUGUAUAUCAGAGGUAGAGAGCAUGAGGACACUGAAACAUGUAGCUGUAAAAAGAGGAGGAUCUGUCACUAUUCCAUGUCUUUAUGAUGAGAAGUACAAAGCAAACAGUAAAUUCUGGUGCAAAGGGAACUAUUGGUCUACCUGCAGUAUCGUAGCCUAUGCAAACUCAAGAGGAAAUCCAUCAGUUAUUGAUCAUCCAGAGCAGAAUUUGUUGACGGUGGAACUGAACUCUGUCUCUGAGUCUGGAACGGGUUGGUGUGCUGCAGAAAUUGGGGAUAAAUGGCAGCCGGAUGACCGUGAUUAUUUGUACCUAAUGGUUAGUCAAGAUCUGUCAGUGAGCGAGAGCAGAGUGAGAGGUGAGGAAGGAGGCAGCGUCACAGUCCAGUGUCUCUACAGUGCUGCGUAUCAGAAUACACAGAAGCAGUGGUGCAGAUUUAAAGAUGAACAAUGCAACACAGUGGGGACUGAAACAUCCCAGAAUUCAGCAGUGUACAUCAGUGAUGAUGGGAGAAGAUCCUUCAGUGUGAAGAUGAGCAGACUGAAGAAGAGUGAUGCUGGAUGGUACUGGUGCAGUGCAGGAGAUCUGCAGGUUCCUGUUCACAUCAGUGUCAGUGAUCCACCUCCAGUCACUACAUCAAAGACUACAACAGUGACUACAACAGUGACUACAACAGUGACUACAACAGUGACUACAACCGCUCAUCAAGACAACACAUACACAUUUGACUCAAAGCACAAUUCAGUGUUUGUGACAUCAGUUUCCAGCCGUAAUGAAACCACUAGUUUGAACCAUUGGUACCUGGUGGCCCUUCUUCUGCCACUGGUGAUACUGGUCAUCAUCAUCUGUAUGCUCAGAAAGAAAUGUGAGUUAGAGAAUCAACCCAGGAUCAGAGAGAGGAGCAAUGACACCACUGUUCCCACACCAAACACUGAUGAAGACUCCAUUGUAUACAGCACAGUUACUGUUUCUAAGCCAAAGGCUAAGAAUAAGCCCACUUGUACUGCUGAAGACUCGAUUAUAUACAGUACUGUGGCUACAAAGAGUAAAAAACAGGCCACUUUUACAGAUGAAGACGCCAUUAUAUACAGCACUGUGGCUAAACGCAAGCCAAAGAGGAUGACUUACUGUCCACUGGCUGUGGGGCCUCAGGGAUCUCUACUGGGUCGUGUGUCCAUCCUCAACAUCCUUACAGAUAAAAUCCCAGUCAGGACAAGGACAACAUGCCCCACACUCACUCCACAGACUUACAUCAGAGUCACAUGACCCUCCGUCAUUCAGAAAAAUAACAGUUUCC